AUGUUCUCAUGUGAUAUCGUAACUCUGCCCAACAAGUAUCCUCGAUAUUUAGGAUCUAGUGUCAGGUACCUAUGAAUAUUAUCUAUAUGAUUAGUCAACCAGAUCAGCCAAGCUCUAGUCGUAUCAAGAAACCUAAUAGUAAGUUUAAACUACUGAGUGUAAAAACACCUAUAUGAUCAUUAGUUACACACCAUUAAAAAGGAUGAGAUCAAGAACUUUUACCAUCACAGUUCCAUCUACAAUAUUAAAGAGUAUAAGGAUUUGAUCAAAUCACCCGUCUUUUUGUAUCACUGAUUCUAAACUAAGUUUAGCUUUGAAAGCAACACUACUAAACUAACCGACUUAUAGACUAGAGUCCUUAUUACAGAUUUCUAAAGGAAGGUUGCUGCUUAUCUCCUCAAUAAAAAACUAUCCAAUAGCAAGAACAUGAAAAAGUACUAUGCUGAACUCAAGGCAGCCUGCUCAUAGAAGGAAUACGAAUCCUAAUAAAUCAUACUCCACACUCAACCAGAAGAUAAUCAUUCCAAGGCUGAAUGUAAUACUGUUAUCCAUAAGUAGAAUAAGAAAUAGGCAUUGAAAUUAUGCUCAUGGAUAAUAACAAGGUAAUUGGGAGAUAAGUCAUUCCAAAUGAACGAAUCUAAAAUAGACUACUAAAAUAUAUGGAAAAAUAUCUGAAUGAUGAUCAAAUUGAUUACGAAACUAAGUAUUACAUAAUUAUAUUCAAGAAUACAUUUUAUGACUCAAUAAUACUCAGAAAUUGUGAAGAAAAUUAAAACUAAAGCAUUCAAAAUAAAAGUACCUGAAAAUUACACUCAAUAAAUGAUUGAUGAAUAUGCUCAAAUUAGUGAUAAAAAAAAGAGAGAAUAGUUUGAUCACUAAUUUGAUUAGUUGGCUGAUCAAAUUAUACAAACUAUUCAUUAGAGUUCUGAGACUCUUUCAUCUUAAAAGGUCUCCUAAACAGAUCUACAAAAUUUGGAUGAAGAUAUUUAGAUCAACAUCAAAACCUAAGUAUUGACAGAAUAAUUAUAAUAAUCUGUUGAAUAUUAGGAAGAUCUGGAUGAAGAAUUAGAUAAAAAUCACAGGAAAUUUAAGAAGAUCAUCAAAUUUGAUAAUUCCAAUAAAAAAUCAAUAAAAAAACAAUCAAUUAGAAUCUAAAACCAAUCAGACACUGAUUUAAUCUCAUCAUUUCUUGAUCAAAGAAGUUCAAAUCCUUAAUAGUAAGCACAAGACAUGUCAGAUCUUUCCCAAGAAUUAAAAAGAUCCAAAAUUAAAUACUUAGGACAAUAGGACAAUAAUAAAAAAAAAAACAACUUUGAUUAUUAGUAUACUGAUUCUGAUAAUUUGGUUAACGAAUCAAAUUAAAAAUAAACUAAUGAUGAGAGAUAUAAAUUUAAAAACAUUUCUCGAAAUUAACCAGGCUAAGUAGAAUAAACAGAUUUAAUAGAAUUCGAUCAUUCACAAACAAAAACUGAUUAUUAAAAAGACAAUUAAAUUCCAAGAAAAUUGUCUUAAAUUGAUAAUUCAUUAAAUCGCUAAAGUGUAAGAAAUUAUUCUCAUUAAUAAAAUUCUUCCUUAAAUAUUUAUUCCAAUUAGAGUUUGGAUAAAUUUGAUAACUCAAAAAGUAACAAGAACCUUAUUUAAGAUGACAUUAGCUAAAAAAUUGAAUAGUAAUUGCAGUAGGUUCAAUCAGUAAUAUAAAGAAAGAAAUUUGGAGUGAUCGAAAAAUUACUGGAUGCCCAAUCAGUUUUUGAUGUGGAGAUAUGUGUAUGUUAUAUUUAAUUUAUUAAGAGCUAGCUGACUUCCCUUUGAAUAAGUCAACUUCUAAUAACGGAUUGGAGGAUAAAUAAAUUUUUCAAUAAUUGUAAUUCUUCUAAUAAAUAUAGAUUUGCGUGGUAAAAAGAGAUCACUUAGAUCAUUCCUAUUCUGAAUUAAUUGAAUCGAAAGUCCAUGGAUAAUGAAAGCAUCUUUGAGACUAAAUCAGGAAGCAGUGAUGAUAAUUGA